AUGCAUUUCAAAUCCAAAUAUCCUAAUAUUGAAAUUCCAGAAGAAGGGGUAUAUCAAUUCAUUACAAGUAACCCUGAGGGAAUUUCAGAUGAUAACGUCUGUUAUAUCGAUGGAAUUACAAAUGAAUAUUAUACGUUUGGCAAGAUUAAAAGUGAAUCAAAGAAAUUUGCCGCGGGACUAUUGGAUAAGGUUGGAUUUAAACGGGGCAAAGUAACAUUGAUUAGCUCAAGAUGCACACCAGAUCAAUUAUCAUAUCAGCUAGCGGAUUCCGAUUCAUCCAUUCUGAUCACCCAUCCAGACCUUCUUACGACUGUUACUUCUUCUUCAAUUAAAGCGGAUGUCCCUAUAUUUUUAUUUGGAAACGAGGAGAUUAAUGGAUAUAAACCUUUUACCUCGGAGUUAAUUAAAGAUCGUGAAAUCGAACCUGUUACUUAUACUCUAGAAGAAACAAAAGUGGAGACAGCCUAUUUACUAUAUUCCUCAGGAACUACCGGAAAACAGAAGGGUGUUGAAAUCACUCAUAGGAAUUUGAUAGCGAGUUUAGUAGGAUUUAGGAAAUUUGAAAAGGAUAUCAAUUCAAAAAGCGUUCUCGUGGGGGUUAUGGGUUAUCGCAAUAACAAGGAUGCGACAGAUACCAUCUUUGACAAAGAUGGUUUCCUUCACACGGGGGAUAUUGCAUAUGUUGAUGAGAAAGCUGAAUUAGAGGAAAUUCUACGUACACAUCCUAAAUUAAUUGAUGCAGCAGUAAUAGGAUAUUAUUCUGAACAAUAUCAAAAUGAAUUUCCUGUGGCAUAUAUCGUCACUGAAUUACAAAAAACCCAAUCUCUUAAAAAUGAAAUUUUAAAUUAUGCGAAUAGUAAAUUGGCACAACAUGAAAAAAUCAUUGAUAUAUUGUUCAUUGAUGAAGUGCCAAAAAGUGAGUCAGGAAAAAUUUUAAGGAGGGUUUUGAGAGAAACGUUGUUGUGUGAACUUAUUGAUGAUCAAGGUAAUUUUAAUUAUAUAUCAAGUUAUUAA